CAGACUAUGCGAUUCAUCUCCCAAGCUACAUCUCUGCAACCCCCAUACAGUCCCCAGUUCGAUCAAUUCAAGCAAGAUUUUGACUCUGGUAUAAGCGCCAAAAACCAUGCAAUCUCUUUCCCCCGAAUGUACUCCUCUGAAACAUCGUUACGACUCUUGUUUCAAUCUCUGGUUUGAAGGAUACCUACAACCAGCUCUCGACGCCACAAGAUCUGUCUCGUAUCCAGCACCCACUGCUUCCCCUUCUUCUCCCCAGGUUCAGCCUACCGCUAUCGUCCAGCAACAAGCAGAGCCCCAAACACAGAAAAGGACACUGAUAACAUCGUGGGCAAACGCUUUUCCUUCUCGUCGAUCUACCGCUUUACCGCAAACAAAAGCCCGACAGUCCUCCUCCUCGACCGUGGAAGGAACAUCGCUUCCAAUGUCCGAUUACCCCGACCCCGUAUAUGAAAACAGUCAGAUUAUGAACAUCGAUACGGCUGGUAAGAGUAGAGCGCAGAUCAAGGCAGAGGAGUAUGAAAGGGCUUGUGGCCAACUGUGGAAAAAUUAUCAGGGGUGUCUUCUGAAGGCGAUAGGGGAAAACGAAAGUCUCACUCAGCUACUCGAACAAGCAAGAGAGGAACAUCCCCUCAAGGAUAUGGAUAAAUUAGAAGGUACUGCUUGGGAUCCUAAAGCGAAUCCUGCCAGUCCUUGAGGGAAAGAUUAGGAGCGCCUCAUCCAAAGUUGAACAUAACAUCUCAUCAAAUGUAGCCAGGACAAUCCUGUUGGGAACUUCAACGUUCAUAAUGACAUUGCUUUGUAGUGAAGUGGAGGUUGUGGUGAUUAGAGACAAAGACUUGAGUUUAUAUGUGGUGGAUAUUCAGAAUAUGUAUGCCCA